UCCGCCAAAUGAUAGUAGUCGUCUCACGACUUGCUCAGACUCAAAUCAAUCAUCCCCAUUCAGAGCUCAGAGCUUGAGCUUCAAUGGCGACGAAGAAGCAGAACGAUGAUAACACCAAGAAGGCGGGCUCUACUCACUAGUGACCCCGCAGUCCCCAACCUUCGUUCUCACCGUCGAAGAAGCCGUACGCUCGCCGUCGUUCUCACCCUCAAGCAGCCGACUCGCUUUCGCCCUUCCCUCAACUCCCCUUUUCUAGCAAAACAGUUCUGGAACUGCCCUCCUGAGUCUAUUUACGGGAAAUCUGACCAAGGUGGCAAGUACUACAGGUAGAAAAAGAGGGCAUUGUCAUGGUUGGAAUUGGUGGUCCUAGUGGCUCUGGAAAUCAAGCUGUCACUGUGAGGCAUUGAACCAGCAAGUGCUUUCUCAUCUUGAAGAAAAAAUACCUUUUGCUUGUAGGGUAAAAGUGUUUGGCAAAAAGAGCCUUGAGACUUAACCAUUUUGGUCAGUUCUUUGCAUUCAAGGACAUGUUGAAAUAUCAAAUCCAGUAACCAAUACAUCCCAGAAGAAAAACAAACCCAGCCAUUGAUUUCUUGCCACUGGACACUUUCAUCACUAGCCAUAGCCACCAUCACCUUCAUCUCCCCCGUUCUUAACUUAUUCCAGUGCCCUCCUGUUCGUCCAUAUUUUCGGUCUUUGGCCAUUGCCUGCCACAAACCUGCAACACUCACAGGAGAGAGAUUCCACGGCGAGAGAGCUGCUGGAGGCUCUUGAUGAUGGUGCUAGACUAGCUGCUCUUUGCAGCCUGCUUUUCAUUUCUCUGGAGCAUUUUGACAAACACGUUCAGCUACAACUUUGAGAAGCCGACUGAAGUGGGGUUUGAUAUUUUCUCAAUCAUGAUCAGAGCUCGGUCCAAGCUAUCUCUUUUCUCUGACAUGGCACGGUGCAUCAGCCACAGAUCACUCCCUUUUUCUUACUUUCACAGACUUCAGCAGCCCCUUGUGAGUGCUGGUUUCAGAUUUGGAGACCCUUCAAGCCCUGACACUUGUUCAGCUGUGCCUGAAUUUGGCUUCCCAGUGAGGCUACUUUGUACUUCAUCUUCAAUAAGAUUCUCUGGGGUCACUGAUGCUCCUGUUCUAGGACUGGAUAAGGCACUAACUGCUGCUAAUGAUGGUGAUUAUGAUGAUUGUAAUGAUGAGGAUGAUGACCAAGGCAAGAAGAAUUAUGAGAUUGGUUCCCAUUUUAGUCGGUUAGAUUUAAGGGGUGAUGGUCUUCUUGCCCAAGAUGUUAAAACCAUUUUGGAUAUAAUUCAUGAACCAAGUUCUGGACCAUCUGGAAUCAAGCACAAGCUUGAACAUUGCGGUGUUUCAGCAUCCUCGGAGCUGGUUGUGGAGGUCCUUUCAAGAAUUCGCAACGAUUGGGAAGCAGCUUUCACCUUCUUCUUGUGGGCUGGCAAGCAACCCAAGUAUGCUCAUUCGGUUCGCGAGUACCAUUCAAUGAUCUCUAUUCUUGCCAAGAUGAGGAAGUUUGAUACUGCCUGGACCUUAAUUGAGGAAAUGAGAGGCGGAAGUACUGGUCCAUCUCUUGUGACGCCUCAAACUCUUAUGAUUAUGAUUAGGAGAUAUUGUGCCGUGCAUGAUGUUGGAAGGGCUAUAAACACAUUUUAUGUUCAUAAAAGGUUUAACUUUCAAGUUGGAUUAGAAGAAUUUCAAGGCCUUCUAUCUGCUCUUUGUAGGUACAAGAAUGUAGAAGAUGCUGAGCACUUGUUGUUCUGCAAUAAGAAUGUAUUUCCACUUGACACCAAAAGCUUUAACAUCAUUCUGAAUGGAUGGUGCAAUUUAAUCGUUAGCACACGUAAUGCAGACCGAAUUUGGCAGGAGAUGAGCAAGAGAGGAAUCCGGUAUGAUGUCGUCUCCUAUUCGAGUAUCAUAUCUUGCUAUUCAAAAACUUCUACACUUUACAAGGUGCUCAAGCUGUUUGACGAGAUGAAGACAAGGAACAUUACUCCUGAUAGGAAGGUUUAUAAUGCAGUCAUCCAUGCCCUUGCCAAAGCUAGGCACAUAAAAGAAGCUGUCAAUCUCAUUGGAACAAUGGAAGCCAACAAUGUUACCCCAGAUGCUGUUAGUUACAACUCCCUGAUAAAGCCUCUGUGCAAAGCUCGUAAAAUGGACGAAGCUAAAGAGGUCUUUGAUGACAUGUUGAAGCGGGGUCUAUCACCUACAGUUCGGACUUUUCAUGCUUUCUUUCGUAUAUUAAGGACCAGAGAAGAGGUAUUUGAGCUUUUAGACAAAAUGAGAGAACUCAGAUGCUGUCCAACUAUCGAGACCUACAUAAUGCUGAUAAGAAAGUUCUGCCGUUGGCGCCAGCUUGAUGAUGUCUUAAAGAUAUGGAAUAAAAUGAGAGAAGAUGGAGUCAGCCAUGAUCGUAGUUCGUAUAUUGUACUGAUUCAUGGGCUAUUUUUGAAUGAAAAGCUAGAGGAAGCACAUAAAUAUUAUGUAGAAAUGCUGGAGAAAGGCUUUGCUCCCGAACCCAAGACAGAAAAAAUUAUUCAGGCAUGGAUUUAUGGGAGACAAGUAACACAAGAUCGGGUGACAGAUUUACAUGACGAUCAAGUGGAACAUGAUACACUGAGAAAGAAAGACAAGGCUAAACCAAGUAAAUUUGAGAAGGAAAAAUCUUUUCUUCACAAACCAGAGACCAGAAGAGUAAUUAGAGAGAAGGGGUUUUCUUUCUGGGAGCAAUAAAUCCUUCAUGACCUUUUUCGUUUACAGAUUGUACUUGUUUCUUGCACUUCUCGAAUUCAAUUCUACAGUGCUAAUUGGUGAUGUCUGGAGACUUCAUGCUUUAAUUGCUUUGCCAUAACCGAGAGUUAUAAAGAGGAAAAUAUGAUUUCGUAGCCAUCUGUAGAGACCUGUUAAACUAUGCAUUUCGGAGGUAAAAUUAUCACAGAAGCUGCAUGAAAAAUCUGAAUAAUUUACCUUGAGUUACGAGGUGGGAAGGUGAAAGAAACAUACACACAUCGUUCAACUGCAACUGAAAGGCUUCCCCUGAACCAAAGACAAAAAACUACUUCAGGAUCUUGUUUCUGUGCUCCAAUCGAAUAAUGUUUAUCUAUGAAGAUUAUGCUUAUUGACUGGUGUCGCUGAUCCAAACAAAUCGAAUUCCAAUGUUCUUCUGGUGGAUUACAAGGUUUCUGCUAAGAGAGCAUGUGAUGAAAGCAUUCUUAUAUUCCCUUAACAGCAAGGAGAGACUUCCCUAUGUAUGCAUGGAUCUCACAUACCAAUAUACACUGCUCGUUGAGGGAUUUGGUAAGUUUGCAAUAUAGUUAUGCAUCUUAAAGUUUAUGACAAAUUCUAUAGAUUAAAAGAUAUUAAAUAGUCAUUUUUAGUUUCUUGUAUUUCUAGGAAUAUAGGAAUAUCUUGAUCCUGAAUGUGAUAUACCCUAAAUUUUGGAGAUUAGUUUUUAUAUCUAUGCACAGGUCUGUUUGGUA